AUGUCCUAUCAACAUCCGUCCCAGCCUCCAUACGGGGGAUACGCACCGCAAUACGGACAGCAGGCCCCUCCUCCCCAGGGCUACCAGCAGCCCCCUUACCCACCCCAGCCUUACGGUGCCCCUCCACAAGGCCAAUACCCUCCUCAGCAGGGCCAUUACCCACCACCUCAACAAGGGCAUUAUCCUCCCCAACAAGGCCACUACGGUACCCCUCCUCCGCAGGGUGGUCAUUAUGGUGCACCACCCCCGCAACCUCACGGAUAUCACGCUCCGCCGGCACAGCCUCCAUACGGCCAGCAGCAGCAUGGCUAUGCCCCUCCUCCGAACCAACCUCCCGUUGGAUAUGGUGCUCCACCAUCCGGCGCCUUGCCUCCCCAAGGCCCUCCAGCAAUGCCAUCUCCCGGUUACGUCCCAGGCCAACUGGCACCAGGUGACUUCCGGCCCCAGGCAGAUGCACUUCGCAAAGCGAUGAAGGGCUUCGGCACCGAUGAAAAGGCGCUGAUUGCAGUUCUCGCACCACUCGAUCCCCUCCAGAUGGCCGCAGUCCGUGAUACAUACUCCAAGCACCUCGGUCGCGAUUUGUACAAGGAUGUCAAGUCCGAGACUGGCGGGUAUUUCCGCGAUGGCCUCCUUGCCGUCUUGGACGGGCCGCUUUUGCAUGAUGUCGAGUGCGCCCAUGACGCAAUCGACGGCGCUGGUACAAAGGAGUGGUUGCUUAACGAUAUCCUGCUCGGUCGGUCCAAUGCCGAUAUGAAUGCCAUCCGGACAGCCUAUGAGAUGAAAUACAAGCGUUCGCUUUCUAGUGAUGUCGAAGGCGACCUCUCUUUCAAGACAUCUCAACUCUUCGCCACCGUUAUUCGUGCCGCGCGCCAUGAAGAGUCUACCCCUGUCAACCCGCAGACCAUUGAGACGGAUGUUCGCCACCUACAAGGCGAGAAGAACGUCACUGAAGUGUGCGCAAUCAUCGCCAAGGCCUCCAAUGCGGAGCUCCGCGCAAUCAGCCAGGCCUUCCAGGCACGUUACCAUGUCCCUCUUGAGAAGCAUAUCAAGGAGGAAUUCUCGGGUCACAUGGAAGAUGCGCUGCUUUUGAUGCUCCGCUCCGCUACGGACCCUGCUAUGCGCGAUGCUAUCCUCCUCGAGGACUGUAUGAGUGGCAUGGGCACCAAGGACGAGCGCCUUGUCAUCCGCACGGUUCGAGUCCACUGGGACCGCAACCACAAGGAGAUGGUCAAGCGUGCUUACCAGCACAUUUUCGGGCAGAGCUUGAUUGACCGUGUCCGCGGUGAGACCUCUGGUGAUUACGAGCGGUUGAUGGUUGCUCUUCUCCAGUAA